ACGCGGCGCCGCUCGCUCUGUGUCUGCGGGGCUGUGGGGGCCGCGGCCGCCCGAUCCCCCCCCCCCCGCUCCUCCGCCCCCCUCCUCGUUCCGCCGCCGGUCACCGGCGCUUCUCCGCCGCUUCGCCGGCUGCAGCAGAACUGUGAGGCAGAGUUUGGUAUGAUACCAUGGAAGGGCAGCAUAACCAUCCACAUCAUCUAGGGGACCAGAACAACCCUCUUUGCAAGCUGCCAGGGCAGGAAUACCAGCAUGAUCCUCAGAGACAUUUAACAUCAUACCCAUAUCGCUGCACACUGGCAGAUUUUCAGAUAGAGAAGAAGAUUGGACGAGGACAAUUCAGUGAAGUUUACAAAGCAACUUGUCUUCUGGACAGAAAACCUGUGGCAUUAAAGAAAGUUCAGAUUUUUGAAAUGAUGGAUGCCAAGGCAAGGCAAGAUUGCAUUAAAGAAAUUGACCUCUUGAAGCAACUGAACCAUCCCAAUAUAAUUAAGUAUUUGGAUUCUUUUAUUGAAGACAAUGAACUUAACAUUGUCCUGGAGCUGGCCGAUGCUGGUGAUCUCUCCCAGAUGAUUAAGUAUUUUAAAAAGCAGAAACGGUUAAUCCCGGAAAGGACGGUGUGGAAAUAUUUUGUGCAGUUAUGCAGUGCAGUUGAACACAUGCACUCCCGCAGGGUGAUGCACAGAGACAUAAAACCAGCCAAUGUGUUUAUAACAGCCACAGGGGUGGUGAAGCUGGGAGAUCUUGGAUUAGGCCGUUUUUUUAGUUCUAAAACCACUGCAGCACAUUCCUUAGUGGGAACUCCAUACUAUAUGUCCCCAGAAAGAAUACAUGAAAACGGCUAUAACUUUAAAUCUGAUAUCUGGUCUUUGGGCUGUUUAUUGUAUGAGAUGGCAGCUCUUCAGAGUCCUUUCUAUGGAGAUAAAAUGAACCUGUUUUCUCUUUGCCAAAAAAUAGAGCAAUGUGACUACCCACCUCUUCCAGCUGAACAUUACUCUGAAAAGCUGCGGGAGCUGGUCAGCAUGUGCAUAUACCCCGAUCCAGAUCAAAGACCUGACAUUGGUUACGUGCACCAAAUAGCAAAGCAAAUGCACGUGUGGACCUCCAGCACAUGAAGCGUCUGCAGCCGCUCUCGAGAAGCCAGCACAGCUCAGUCUUACUUGAAUCCUUUUUUUUCUCAGCUGAAACCAAGUGGUGCCUUGUCACCCCCGAGGGAGGGUUGAGCACUCGUAGCAAGAGGCUCCAUUAUUUCUGCAGGUUAUUUGACAAGGACUCUUACGCCGUGGUCAUGCUUUAACGUGAAGAUUCUGUGAGGUAUUGCAAGUGAUUUGUUUUGUUGUUGUUGUUUUCUUUUCCAGGCCAAUAACAUGUUACAGAUGUAGAUCAUUUAAGGGUCCUUUCUUAAAGCUGUCGUGUGUAAUCUAGGAUAGAUAUUAACAAGGGUGCAGGUUUGCUGCAUCCCCUCUAUCUUAACUGUAAUGUGAACUAUUGAAAUAAUUCCUUCAGUGAAAUCACUUUGUACUAAUGUAAGAAUUACAGUAGAUUUUGUGUAAUUUGUAUAACUGCUACUUUGCCUCUUCCGCAAAUGUUCAAUAGCAAAUUCAGUUUUUACUUCGUA